CUUAGGAAACAAUAACUCGCCAUGGAUCGACUUGAGCAGUGUCUCAAUAUGUAUCGUAGCCAGUGGUUGGUGUUUCGUGACUUGAUUGCUGAAGAGUGACUUCAAAACUGUGUCGGCUGCUUGAUGCAAACAUAUCUUCAUGUAAAUUUCUGAGCUAUGGCUACUGCAGCAGGGUUACUCUUUCCUAAGCUGGUAGUCUUCGGUGCUACAGGACCAACAGGCCUCGCAGUCGUUCAGCAAGCUCUGGAAAAAGGCCAUACUGUUACCGCUGUAGCGAGAAACCCUGAAUCUUUUCCCAUAAAACAAGAAAACCUGGAAGUAGUUAAAGGAGAUAUCUUUGAUGUAGAGUCUCUGGUUCCCAUCAUUGAGGGAAAAAAUGCAGUGCUGUCAUGUCUGGGUUUUCAUAAAGGAACAAUUUUCUCGCCGACAACGCUAUACUCCAAAUCAAUAACUCCUAUCACAUCGGCAAUGGAAAGGACAGGUGUCGGUCGAUUAGUUUGUAUGACUGGUAUUUACACUCAAAAAGAUCCGUCAAAUCCCAGGUUAUGGGAUUGGUUUGGACGGCCUCUGGCACGGGCCUUCAUAAACGACAUGGUACUGAUGGAAAAUAUUGUAAUGGAGUCCAAGAUCUGUUACACUAUUGUGCGACCUCCAAUCCUGACAAAAGGCCCUUUGACCGAAACUAAUUAUGUGGUGGCCGAGGGACAGUCUGUACCAAGAUCCGCCUGGAGAGUUUCUCGCGCUGAUGUCGCUCACUUCAUGCUGAAAUCAUUGCAGACCAAUGAAUGGGACAACAAGGGCGUCGCAAUCGCUGGCAAAAAGUAGAGUUUUUCUUUAAGGUCAGCACACACGAGGGGACUAGUCACUGCGACUAGUCCCAGCGACCAGUUUCAUGCGACUAUUCCCUUCGUGUGAAAUACACAUUUCUGUAGUCGCAGGGACCAAAAUUUGGUCCCUGCGACUGGUCGCACAAAUUCAAACUGGUUUGAAUUCGUGCGACCA